AUGAUGGAAGACUUCAAUAGUGAGACAGAUAGUGACUACACUAGCUACUGGAGAGACUGGUUCGUCUCCUCUCGCGGCAACGAGUACUUCUGCGAAAUCGAUGAGGACUACCUCACCGAUCGCUUCAACCUGACGGGCUUGAACACCGAGGUUCCAUACUACCAAUACGCGCUCGACUUGGUUACCGAUGUCUUCGACCUCGACGCCGAUGAUGACCUUCGCGAACAGAUCGAGAAGUCCGCUCGCCAUCUUUAUGGCCUAGUACACGCGCGUUAUAUUGUCACGACUCGUGGUCUGGCAAAGAUGCUGGACAAGUACAAGAAGUGCGACUUUGGAAAAUGCCCACGCGUGAUCUGCGACGGCCACCCCCUCCUGCCUAUGGGUCAGUCUGACCUCCCCAGCAUGAGCACCGUUAAGCUCUACUGCCCGAAAUGCGAAGAUAUUUACAACCCCAAAUCCUCCCGCCACGCCUCUAUCGACGGGGCUUAUUUCGGAACCUCUUUCCACUCCAUCCUCUUCCAAGUCUACCCUGCUCUCAGCCCCGAGAAGAGCGUACGCCGUUAUGAACCCCGUAUCUAUGGAUUCAAAGUCCAUGCUGCUGCUGCUCUGGCGCGCUGGCAAGACAACCAGCGAGAAGACCUGCACUGGCGUCUUAGGGACUUUGGUGUACCAUUCAAGUUCAUUGAGGACAGUGAUAGCGAGGAUGAAGAUGUCGAUUACGAAUAUACGGAGAAGGGUACCGAAGGCUCAAAAGACGACAAGGUGGUGGGGGACACCGCGUCGGGCCGCAUGGACUUGAACAACUGA